CUCCGGCAGGCUCAGCGGCGGUGGCGGCGGUGGCGGCGGCUGGGACUGGCGCGCGUAGGGCCGGCGCACCGGCAGCAGGUGGGCGCGGUGCGGGCCGGCGGCGGCGGCGGCGGCGGCAGUGGGCCUGGAGGCUGUCGGGCGGCGCUCGGUUCGGGCGCAGCCGGCCUUGCGGAGCACCAUGGACUUCAACAUGAAGAAGCUGGCAUCGGACGCGGGCAUCUUCUUCACCCGGGCCGUGCAGUUCACAGAGGAGAAAUUUGGCCAGGCCGAGAAGACUGAGCUUGAUGCCCACUUCGAGAACCUUCUGGCCCGGGCAGACAGCACCAAGAACUGGACAGAGAAAAUCCUGAGGCAGACAGAGGUGCUGCUGCAGCCCAACCCCAGUGCCCGAGUGGAGGAGUUCCUGUAUGAGAAGCUGGACAGGAAGGUGCCCUCACGGGUCACCAACGGGGAGCUGCUGGCUCAGUACAUGGCAGAGGCGGCCAGCGAGCUGGGGCCCACCACUCCUUACGGGAAGACGCUGAUCAAGGUGGCAGAAGCGGAGAAGCGCCUGGGAGCCGCGGAGAGGGACUUUAUCCACACGGCCUCCAUCAAUUUCCUCACGCCCCUGCGCAACUUCCUGGAAGGGGACUGGAAGACCAUUUCGAAGGAGAGGCGGCUCCUCCAGAACCGACGUCUGGACUUGGAUGCCUGCAAGGCGCGGCUGAAGAAGGCCAAGGCCGCGGAAGCCAAAGCCACGUGUGAGGGAGAUACGGUGCCUGACUUUCAGGAGACUAGACCGCGUAAUUACAUUCUCUCGGCCAGCGCCUCGGCGACUCUGGAUGACACUUCCUGCCCCCCUUCCUGGGCCGAGUGGAAGGAGAGAUAUCCUGAAGGGUGGAGGCUGCCCUGUUUUUUUCUUUUGCCAUUGAACCCCAGUGUGACUCGGGCGCGAGGCUGCCUUUCUCUACCGGAGGACAGAAAGCUCUGGAACGACGAGGUGGACAAGGCCGAGCAGGAGCUCCGAGUGGCCCAGACAGAGUUUGACCGGCAGGCCGAAGUGACCCGUCUCCUGCUGGAGGGCAUCAGUAGCACUCACGUGAACCACCUUCGCUGCCUCCACGAGUUCGUCGAGUCUCAGACAACUUACUAUGCCCAGUGCUACCGCCACAUGCUGGACCUACAGAAGCAGCUGGGCAGGUGCCCGCCCGGGACCCUGGCUCCCGUCCCCGACCGCCCCGAGCUCAGAAAGGCCUGUGCCACACGGGGCGGGUGGAGGGCUGCUGACCGAUUUCCAGGCACCUUCGUGGGCACCACCGAGCCCGCCUCCCCGCCCCUCAGCAGCACCUCACCCACCACCACAGCUGCCACCAUGCCCGUAGGGCCCUCGGGGGCUGGCCUGGCCCCUCCUGGGGAGGCCGCUCUCCGCCUGGAAGAGGUGGCUCCUCCCGCCAGCGGCACCCGGAAGGCCCGGGUGCUCUACGACUACGAGGCGGCCGACAGCAGUGAGCUGGCCCUGCUGGCUGACGAGCUCAUCACUGUCUACAGCCUGCCCGGCAUGGACCCCGACUGGCUCAUUGGCGAGAGAGGCAACAAGAAGGGCAAGGUCCCUGUCACCUACUUGGAACUGCUCAGCUAAGCGGGCCUCCUCCUGGGCCUGCCCUUUCUGGCCUGGGCAGGAGAGGACGGGUGCGACCCCGCCACUUGUCUCGUCUGUUGGUGACCCAGCUGCUCAGGGUGGGGAGAGCUACCCCACCCCGUCCCGCCCCCGGGCGUCUGGCUGCGAGGGGCCCCAGAGGCUGAAUGAUCCCGGCCCCUCCCCCAGCCCUGCUUCUGACCUGGUUCCAGAGCCCCCCCAACCUGCCUGCGUCCCUGAGCGCCCCAGCCUGGCCGGCUCCUGCUGAGGAGGGGGUGCUGGCUGCAGCAGCGGCGGCCCUCAGCUCCCAGGCCCCCGGGGUUCCGUGCAGACGGCCUGAGGAAGCCGUGGGGUGCGGGCUUGGCAAGACAGCGCCUGCCUUUUCGUUGCCAAAAGCAGCCGAGGGGGAAAGGCAGGCAGGUAGGUCUGUGGGCAGCAGGCCCGGGGAGCGGGUGCUGUCCCCUCUGGCUGAGCCCGGGCAGAGGGGAGCCCUGCUGGAGAGGCGGGGCUGGGCCGCAGCGGCAUCUCCCCGGUGCUACCCUCCCCGCCCAGCGCAAGCCAAGUGUGGCGGCUGCAGCCUGCCCCUCUCUGCACUCACUUUUUAACUGAUCUUUUUACUCUGCUGUCUGCUUGCUCUCUAGCCAGUGACGCAUAAUAAACCAUCCUUCGUGUGCACCUUG